AUGGCCGCCGCUUUCGACGAGGAAGACCUCGCUAUUCCCCUCCCCUCCGACCGUGAUCGUCCGCGUGAACGUAGGGCUCCUGCCUCCAACCCCUCCGCCAUGGCAAUGCCUCCGCCCAGGCCGACCGGCAAGGUCGAGGACCCAUUGCAGUCACCAUCGACCACCCGGGAUAUGCAACGCCUCGAUCAGUACCAAACUAUCAAGGUUUUGGGCGAGGGGUCCUUUGGCAAGGUGAAGCUUGCUAUUCAUCAGCCCAGUGGACGCCAAGUGGCCCUAAAGAUCAUAUCACGACGCAAGCUACUCUCGAGAGAUAUGGUGGGUCGUGUGGAGCGAGAGAUUCAGUACCUCCAAUUGCUACGGCACCCUCAUAUCAUCAAAUUGUAUACGGUGAUUGCGACCAAGACUGAUAUUGUGAUGGUGCUGGAGUACGCCGAGCGAGAAUUGUUCGAUUAUCUCGUGAGAAAAGGAAGAUGCGGUGACGACGAAGCUCGCAAAUUUUUCCAACAAAUCAUCUGUGCUGUGGAAUAUUGCCAUCGACACAAGAUCGUACAUCGUGACCUGAAGCCCGAGAACCUGCUUAUCGACAACCAGAAGAACGUGAAGAUUGCGGAUUUCGGAUUGAGUAACAUCAUGACGGAUGGAAACUUCCUCAAGACCAGUUGCGGUAGCCCGAAUUACGCUGCCCCGGAGGUCAUCUCCGGGAAGCUCUAUGCCGGCCCCGAGGUGGAUGUCUGGAGCUGCGGCGUGAUCUUGUAUGUGUUGCUGGUGGGCCGCUUGCCUUUUGAUGAUGACUACAUCCCAGCUCUGUUCAAAAAGAUUGCCGCUGGCACCUUCCACAUUCCGGGAUAUAUUUCAUCUGGGGCAGCCCGUUUGAUCCGGGCAAUGCUCCAAGUUCACCCCGUCCACCGCAUCACAAUCCCCGAGAUCAGAAUGGACCCAUGGUUUACCAAGAACCUCCCCCAGUAUUUAGAACCGCCACCAGAGGAGUUCAUCGCGCCGGGGGUGGACCCGAAGAAGAUAGAUUCUGGAAAGCUUGAUCUGGCAAAGCCGGCACCAGUUCAACACAAGAUCCAUCGAAUUGCAGUGUCCAAGCUUGAACGAAGCAUGGGAUAUGGCCGAGAAGAUAUCGAAGAAGCUCUAAGGCACCCGGAACCCAGCGCAAUCAAAGAUGCCUUCUCUAUCGUCGUUGAGAAUGAGAUGAUGCAAACCAAUUCCCCCACAGAAGAUAACCUUUUGGCUCAAAAUGUUCAGACAGGAGCUGCACCUUCGUCUGUAGAUAGGAACCCGGCUUCUCGCCACCAAGCACCAUCUGCCCCCGCCGUGAACAGGAAUAGGACCACUAGUGUAUCGCACCGGAGGGCUUCAGAGGAUCCACAGCAAUCAGAAUCCGAGGAAGAGCCUCGCCUUAGCCACGUUCGGAUUCUUCCUACCAGCUUGCCAUAUGUCCAUGAACAGCUUAUGGAGCAACGUGAUCGGGAACAGAGAGCUCGCAAUCAGAUGCUUGAGCAGCGUCGCCAAGAAGCCGCCCAUCUUGAUCCAGAAGGACGUGGAUCUGCUUACCGGGACAUGUCUCCCGAAGAACAGGCUGCCACGACACGUGCAUUGAAGCCCCAUGCACGCAGUGUCGUCGACUUGGAUAAGCUGCGAUUUGAACCACCAACAGGUCAACCUCUCGAAAAACAACCAAAGCGGAGCCGCAAAUGGCAGUUCGGUAUUCGAUCCCGUAAUCAACCAUACGAGGCCAUGCUGUAUCUGUACCGGGCCAUUGCUGCCCAGGGUGGAUUGUGGGAUAUCCAGCCUGUUGAAUCAGGCACCAACAUCGGCCCCGAUGCAAUUCCCUCUUCUGACAAGGCCAAGCCUUUGCAGAAUAAAUACCCGGACCUCCCAUCCGACUACUACAUCCCAAAGGACCCAUGGUUUAUUCGUGCACGCCUGCUGAAGGAAGGUAUCAAAGCUCCCGGAGCUUCUACAAGUGCUUAUAAUAGCCGCAGCGAUCUGGAAGAACUGCGCCGACGCUUCAACAUCUCAGGCAUUUCUGCCCCCACAGAAGACAAGAGCAGAGACCUCCAGUCUUCCGUACCUGAGCAUGGUCUCGCAAGUGGAGCCUCUUCCGCUAACGGAUCAAGCGCACUCUCGCACAUUACCCACGGUGUCUGGGUGUUCCUCGACAUCCAGCUCUACCAACUUGAAGAAAAUAAUUACAUGGUCGAUUUCAAAUGUGAUGGUUACCAAAACGUCAUUCGCGCCGGCGCCGAUGGUGAAUGGCACCCCAUCAGCAAGCGCCUGAAGAACAAGGAGAAGGAGGUGACGAGCCCUUACCCCUUCCUUGAUGUGGCGUCUGAUCUCGUCGCCCAGCUGGCUGUGGCAAGUUAA